AUGGUGCCGCGCUCGUGGGCGGGCGACGCCUCACAGCCGCGCCGCUACCUGCAGCUGAACGUGACGCUGCUGCGCGCCGUGGGGCUGCAGCCGCUGGGCGGCGGCCGGCGCUGGCUGGCGCCGCUGCUCUGGGCCGCCCUGGCCGCGCACAACGCCGCGCAGCUGGCACACCUGUACGCCAGCUGGGGCGACAUGGCGGCCGUCGCCAGCGCCGUGCCCUUGGCCAGCCUCAUCUUCGGCGGCGUCUUCCGCGUCACGCUCUACGUGGCGCUCCGCGACAAGUUCGCCAGCAACGUCUCGCAGGUGGGUGAGUGGUUUGUGGCGCAGUCCCCACUACGUGGCCUGGGCCCCAUGCGGUCGCGGCUACUGCUGUCGCGGCUACUACUGGCUGCGUUUGCACUGAGCGCGCCACCUGCAUUGAUCUUAUGGGCUGCCUACCCCCUGAUGGCGGAGGGCCGUGAGCUGCUCGCACCUGCCCUCUUCCCCUUCAGCAUCGACUCUCCUCUCGUCUACUAUGCUGUCUACGUUUACCAGUGCACCUGCCUUAUACUCAGUGCUUACAUCGUUUUGACGACAGACAUGCUGAUGGCCACCAUGAUUCACCUGUCUUCGGGCCAGUUCGCCGUGCUGUCGGACAUGGUGCGCUGCUCCGGGAGGCUGGCCAUGGGCCGGCGGGGCGCUGGCCAGCCAGGGGUUCCCAGCAUGGAGGCCGCCCUCGCCUACUGCGUCCAGUACCACGAGCGCCUGCUGCGCCUGGUCGCCGACCUCGAAAGCGUCAACUGGUUCAGCAUGGCCUUCAACUUCGGUGUACAAUUAGUCAUCUUGAGUUUUCUGGCGUACGAAGCACUUACGUCCACAGAAGCAGAGGACGUGUCCAAAACCGUGAAGAAUGUCACCUACCUGGCCGUCGCCGUCAUGCAGCUGUUCCUCCUCUGCAGCAGCAGCGACGACCUCAUGGCUGCACAGCUGGAGGUGGGCCAGGCCGCCUACGAGUCGCAGUGGGUGGGCUCCAGCCGCAGCAGCCGGCGCUGCCUCUGGAUGAUGGUGAUGCGCGCGCGCCGCAUCCAGAGGAUGACCGCCGGCAAGGUCAUAGACAUCAACCUCGUCCUCUUCACUGAGUCCUGCGACAGAUCAAGAGCACUAGCUAGAUGCCAACAGAUCAAGGGCACCAGCUCGUUGCCAACAGAUCACGAGCAGCAGCUAGAUGCCAACAGAUCAAGAGCACCUGCUAGAUGCCAACAGAUUAAAGGCACCAGAUAG